ACAAAGUAAAACAACAACGCGCCAAAUUUGUUGUACAUGACUUGCUGUCACUUACAGAUGGAAAAGUUUGUGUAAUCUUUAAGGAUAUAUUGAGACACGCUGCUGGUUUAGAAGAGGCUGUGCAGGUAAGAGAAAGAUUUACGGAAGAAUCAACAAAAACGUGUUUUUUUUUAGCUUCGUCAUUGUUUUUUCUUUACGGUCACAGUGGGAUAUACAGUCUGAUUUGACCUCGUAUUAAACCUUUCGGUGUUCAAUUACAUACUGAUUAAUCUCCAGCAGGUGGACUUUGAAGAUCAUCCUUUUCCAGGCUGAUACAGUUUGUUUUUUUUCUGGUUUUAGCAUGGCCGUACCUUUUGUUCAAGACUGGGACCUGGUUCAGACACUUGGAGAAGGAGCCUAUGGAGAGUAUGAACCUUAUUUUAUCAAUGCCAUUUAAAUAUAUGUAUUACCCCUCAUCAUCAUUAGCUUACAAACUGGGAAACAAUCAAAUCAGUCUUUCUGUUUGACUAAAGACAGUGGGGUAAGCUGAGCCAUAUCCCUACUACCCCCUACUCUCCACCCCAGCCCUCCCUCACCUUCUCUCUCCCUAAAUAACAGUCACUUCUUCACAUUCAUGUGUAUUUUUAUAUAUUAUACACUAUUCAACUGGUACAAUAAUUCUUUUUAAUAUUAUUGCAUAUAACUGUUAAAAAGCUGUUUUGUAAAAAGUCAUUUUAAUGAUCCUCUCAUCAGACUCCUUAACUUUCUCAGUUGAACCACUGGCUCAACUUACCCCAGAACUACAAUUCUAACUUUAUUAGUCCUCUAAGCUACAAUGGUGGACUUUUAUGUUAUGUCUUUGACCUCAUGUUGUAGCUCUAACUUCACAGACUCCAUGAAUUGAUGCCCAUCUCAUAAAUAUUUGGUCACAUGAUCAAUUUCUUUUUCAGGGGGUGGCUCAACCUACUCUACUCUCCCCUUAUGAUAAAAUUGACCUUAACCACAUUUCAAGUUUUUUUCUUUCACUGUUCACUGCUAAUACGCUUAUCUGUUUUAUUUAUUAUUUACUCUUGAUUGCAAAAAUGUAACACUGUCUUUAUCGCAGCUUUAAUCUGUCAAACAGCUUCUAAAGUCUCUUCCUCUAUUAUUUUCUGGGUCACAGAGUAAGGCUGCUGGUGAACAGGCAGACAGAGGAGGCUGUAGCAGUGAAGGUGAUCGACACCACACAGGCGAAAGAGUGUGCUGAAAAUGUCAGGAAGGAGGUCUGCAUACACAAGGUAGGAAAGUUACCUUUAGUGUAGUAAGUGAGAAAGGAUGUUUUUAUUUAAAGUGCACGUUUUUGGUUUAAACAAUAAUCAGACUUUGACUUAUUGGUGGUGUAAAAUAAUUAAGAAAUUUGCAACAUUUUGCAGGUGCUGAACCACCCCAACAUUGUGCGCUUUUUUGGUAAUCGGAAAGAAGGUACAACUAUGUACCUUUUCCUGGAGUACUGCACCGGUGGGGAACUGUUUGACAGAAUAGGUGAGACACGUUUCCAGAUCGUGACCAGUAUUGCUUUUCUUUUAUUUUCUUCAGUAUUUGACUUAAAUAAAGUGAUCCUCUCUUUUCAGCAGUAGUUAGAUUUCAGAUUUUAACCAGAUUUUUUCUGUUUUUUAUUGAUUAUCAUUAUGGGGCAUAGGAUCAGACAAAAGAGCAAAUCAUCAAAAUAUUGAGAUGCGUUUUCUUAAGGGACAUGCAUACAAUUAAGAAAACUCUUCAAUUUAACCAAGUCAUAUUCAGAUGGUGGCGGCAAGUUCUGGGUUUGUUUUGCUUGUCAGAUGGGAACAGCCUAAUUGUGUUUCCGCCAUUUAAGUUAAAGUUAAUCUUACUCAUUGGUUUAAUAGGUCCCAUUAAUAAUUGAAACUGGAUGGCACUACUGGUUUAACAUGUAGACCCUUCAGGUCUGUUGUUGCUUUCUUGAAUGCCUGUUGAUCUGCUUCUGUGCGUAUAAACAUUCAUCCGAGUAUUCUUAAAGGAUUUUUUUUUUUUUUUUUUUUUUUUCAGAGCCUGAUGUUGGGAUGGCAGAAAAUGAUGCUCAUAGAUUUUUCCAGCAGCUGACAGCUGCUGUGGUGAGUGAAGAAAGUCUCUGUGAUGGUUUUGCCCUCUACAUGUGUUUUCCUCUGCUCUUUUAAAAUUCUUUCCUGCUGAUUUUGCAGGAAUACCUUCACAAUUCUGGGAUCACCCACAGAGACAUAAAGCCAGAGAACAUUUUGUUGGAUGACAAAGGUGAUGACACACAUGGCACAUGAAGAUGUAAAAAGAAUAACUUUGUUUUGCCUUUUUUUUUUUGUUUGUUUAAACCUGUCACCUGCUGUUGUCUUCUAGAUAACCUGAAGCUGUCAGAUUUUGGCCUGGCCACCAUGUUUCGUUUCAAAGGGCGGGAGCGUCGCCUGAAUCGACUCUGUGGGACGCUUCCCUAUGUGGCUCCAGAGCUGCUCAGCCAAACAGAUUACAGAGCUCAGCCUGCAGAUAUCUGGGCUUGUGGGAUUGUCCUCACUGCCAUGCUGGCUGGAGGUGUGACAGCUGAAGUCUGAGUUCAGAUUACCUGACUCAAUAUCAUGUUCACCUCUGUUGUCAGUCAUUAACAGAGUGCAAUUUUCUUUUUUAAAACAGUCUCAGAAAAUGUGGGGACACACAGACACAGAUAGUUUAUGAUAUACAAACAUAAGGCAUAUUUUAAGGCUGGUUUUAAGUCAUCUGCAUACCAUUUUAACUUGGUGAGAAGAAACCCAAAGCGAAUCUUGGAUUUUAGGAUGUGAAAAGUAUGGUUUACAAAGGGCUCAGUUACCGUGCAACACAAAAUAGUGAUGGUAUACAUAAAAGCAGUGUCAUUUUUCCUAUAAUUAUUUUUGCCAUCUAUUAUUGCAACUGUUUUUUCAGUGUUUGGAAAAGUUUCGUCUCUGUGUUGCUUCUUGCUCAGAGUUGCCAUGGGACAAGCCCACCGAGAGCUGUCAGGAGUAUUCAGACUGGCUCCAGAAGAAAACAUACCUACCUCCUUGGAAGAAAAUACAACCACUGCCUCUGAGUGAGUCCCAAAUAAUCUGACUUCAAACGCUACAUGAUUCAAAACAUGAUCUGAGUUUUAUGUGAUUCACGUCUUUCUUCAGGUUUGUUGUCCAAAUUGUUGCUGGCCUGUCCAGAUGCGCGCAUCACCAUCGCAGACAUUAAAAAAGACCGCUGGUAUACCCAAGGUAGUGUAUAUUUAGGUAGUGAAUCAGUUUUAUAGGUUUGCUCAAGUUAAAGUGAGAUCUUUGCUACACUGGGAUUCCUCUGCAUGUCUUUUCAGGUGUGAAGAAACCUCUAAGCUCAGGGAACACGCUGCUCAGAUCAGACGGAGGACUUAUAUCCCGGACCAGCAGGUCAGAGCUUUGAUUCUUUGUGGUUUAAUUUCAGAGUCAUUUUUAUGUGUGCCUCUCUCAAACCAAAACUUCUGUUUCUGUAGUGAUGACAGGAUGCAGUUCUCCAGCUCUCAGCCUGACUUUGCAGCAGGUGGCUGGGAGGCCAUGUUGCUGAUCAGCCAAAGCGAAGGUCAGGUCAGCUUCUCUCAGCCCACCAAACCGGAGCACAUGUUACUGGGUAGUCAGCUGCUAGGCACACCAGGAGCCAGUCAGGUAACUCACACACUCUGGGCUUGAUUUUUAAUUCUCUGUGCUGACAUUUACUCAAUCUUCUGUUGUCAGAAGAACAGUGAUGAUAUUUACAUUUUUUCCUGUUUAUUUUCGUGAAUAUUUUAUGCCAACUUCAAAAUACUUCAAUGAUACAUCAGUCUUGUCCUGAAAUUCUCUUUCUGUCUGUGCACAGUCACCCUGGCAGAGAUUAGUGCGCAGGAUGACCCGUUUUUUCACUUCUGUGGAGGCUGACGCCUCCUUAUCGGGCUUGAAAGACGCCUGUGACGGCCUGGCAUUGGGCUUCAAACUCACCAGCACCAAACAGGUACUUCUAUAACUAUAUAUGCAAGAUGGAAAACGUUUACAGAGAUCAAAUACACUCUUCAUGCUUAGAGAAAUCAUCUGCUGCCCUCUAGAGCCAGGCUCCCUGUUUCAGGACUUAAGGAGUUCCAGCACCUGAAAUUUUGACUUUUUACAUAAAUCCUUCUCCAGAUGGAAAUCUGUUACACGGCUGCAGGUCAGCCACUUCAGGGACUAUGAAUCAGCAUAUAAGAAAAACAUGUUAGGACUGGCCGACUGCAUUGUCUUUGACCAGUAAAUAUAAGCUAUCACCAUCAGACCUGAGAGUCAGCGCCCCACACUUUAUAAAGGUCAGGCUGAAACACUUUUGUGCAGCAGCAGCAGUCAAUUCUCCAAUUUAAUAAUGAACUGAAUCCCUGAUCAAAUGUCUGUUAAAGGCCUCUGAAUAUGCUAUUUGGUGCUAAAAUGUUGUCUUAGGAUGUAGGCAACAUGUAUUGUUAAUGAUGAUUUUACAAAACUCAAAGCGCACAGAGGUAAAGUUUAUUCAGACCCGUAAAUAGACUGGAAAACGUGAAGCAUGAAGUUUGAUUUCAGAGCAUUUUCAGUCAGACGAAUGUUGUUUAUACGAUUUUAAAAGUCGAGUUUCAGUCCGACUACAAUUAUUAUUUUAAGUGCAUGUAAACGCACUGAUUGACAACUUGAGUGUGCCUCUGUCACAGUCUGUUACAAUUAUUUGUCUCUUAAUGGGAAACUAGUCUUGAAAUUGAGUCACCAGUUUAAGAACCUUGUUCUAGAUUUUGUUGGUCCUGUAGGCCGCUUUGAAACCGUUAACUGUUUGGUUUCAGUUCUUAGUCCAGGGAUUUGUUUUGUGUUUACUUUAAUGAUUUAAUUUAAAGUUUGUGGACAACGUGAUAACUGUUCUCUCUUAUCCUGUACGUAAGAAAGUGGUUACUCACUGUGGUUACUGGUCAUGGCAAAAAGAAAAGAAGGCUGUCAGUCAUCUGGUCUGAACCCACCCCCUCACUGUGGUUUUAUCAGUAUCUUUAACAACAACAUGUAAAAGUAUGUUUUGAACAGGAGCGAGUCUGUGCAACGUAAGACUUUUACAAAGUUUCUUUUUAAAGGUUUUUUGAUUCUCUUUAUUAGUAAAAUCCCCUAAAUAUUGAUGUAGUAAUUUUUACCAAUAUUGCGGACCCUUACUCCAAUGAUACUAUCAUUGUUUCUUGUCUUCUGUAUUGUAAAAGGAGGAUUAUGAUAUAAGGCUAGGAAAGUUUAUUUAUGGAGCGCAUUUCAGCAACAAGGCACUUCAAAGAUGUAAGGCAGAUUUUAGAGUCUUGGUGCCAGUAAAGAGAUAUCAAUCAAUCAAUAAAUCAGUCAAUAUCUCUUUGUGUUUGUAGGUGACUGUGAGCACGUUGGACAAACGCAAUAACAAACUGAUUUUCAAAGUCCACCUGCUGGAGAUGAAUCAGAGAGUGCUGCUCGACUUCAGGCUGUCAAAGGUGAGUUUCAGCACUUCGCACAAGAACAUUCAAAACUAACAGAAAUGUACGAAAUGAUUGGAUUAGAAAGUAAAACGAACUGACCUAGUGGUCUAAGUGCACAUCCCAAAAAUGGAGGUUAUGAUCCACAUACAGGGUUUGAUUCCAGCCUGAAACCUCUGUCCUGGUUCCUUUAAAUAAAAGCAAAAAACCCAAAACAAAUCUUUAAAAAAAUGUUGCAACCCUUAAUGAUUGAGGGGUUGAAUACGAUGGAGAUCAUGAGGCUAAUUUAGGUUUAUCAAAGCCCCUCAGUCCCCAUCUGCUGCAGCAGACAUGUAAAGAAUUCACUCUGUGUAUUCUGAACUCACAGACCUGAUACUAUCAGUAUGGUAGUUUAUAUUGUGAAAAGCCUGAAUCAACCUGCAGCGACAUUAUAGACAAACUAAUGACUCCAAACUUAAAACUCACGAUACAUCAACACAAUUUAAAAAUGUCUUUAAUAUCAAAGCGAUGAAAGACAGUUUUUGGUUCUACUAAUGACAAAAGUGAACUGCAAAUACAAGAGCUUGCAGAAGUGCUGAUUUGCUGGAAAUACUAACAUAAGUUAGCACAAAUUUGAUCUGUUUUUGAGUGUCCCCCUUGUUAAAGAACUAGUCUUAAAUCAAUUCAGGAAUUCAGUUUAGCGCUGAAUCUGCUGAGGCACUGCAAAAAUAAGACGGGUUUUAUUGUGGAUGCAGCCGAGCAUGUGCAGCACUCAAGUCCAAGCCAGAUUUCCUUAUCAUAUCGUAUUGUCACCAAAGCUAAAAUAUAACAGACCUGUAUCUGAUGAGCUGAUGAGUGUGUAUCAGAAUGAUGUUUGCUAAUUGCAUGUGUUAGCGUUCUUUAGUGACAUGUUCCCAUGUUUGUGUGUGUCCAGGGUGAUGGUCUAGAGUUCAAGCGUCUUUUUGUGAAAAUAAAACACAAGCUUGGUGACAUUAUCAGCACCCAGAAGUUCACAUGAGCUACUCAGCAAACUGGCGAAGGAAAACUGAUGUGGAUGUCGGAGAGAGAACGUGUAUAUACCCAUCUGUUGUGUUGAUAUUUUACAUGUAGUCGUCUGUUAAGUGUCUUAUAUCUGUUUUCUUGUCCUUGUUAGACCAGAUUAUAUGUUACAUGGCUAUCUUUUUUAAGGGGUUAUAAUAAGGUUUUAGUUCAGUGUUGGAGUAAGAUGACAGUCAGAGAAGUUAAACAUGGGGGUAUAGGAAAAGUGUGAGACUUUGUUCUGCCCACAUGAGGACUGAUUAUGUUUGGUUGGCUAAAAUCUUAAAUAAAUAAAUAAAUUAUGAAAAACAAA